AAACAUUGGCAUUAUCUUCAAAUCCCGCCUGUCCAGACACUGUUCAUGCAUUCACACUCUAGAAGCAAUUUUACUAUACUCCUGUGUACUGCGACAUUGUACAUAAAAUGUAAAUAACACAAAUUGUAAUGUGGCUUAUAGUGAGUUUAGUGGCUAGCUUGUUUAUUUAUAACCAUAUAAAUGCUUGCCCACCACAUCAAUUGCAUUGUACAACACCCAAUGGAACCAAAGGCUUCUGUACCCAAUCAAAAAACUGUCCAAAAAUUCACAAUUUGAUUGAAAGUACCCCUUCCGAAUUCAUUACAAAAUCGAUAUGUGGUAUAGACCUGGAUAAUUCCAGACUGUUUUGCUGUGAUCAGAAUGAUUUUCAUGUACAGUUAUCAGCUGCCAAGUUAACUCCAAGUCCGAGCCGUUUCUUGUCUGCAGCGAGUGUGGCUCAGAAAAAGACCCUGGUUCGUACUGAAAAUCUUGUGCAAAGAGAUGAAAGUGCCAGUGUAGCCGAUUCUAUUAAAUUGCCUCAACCAAAUAACUGCCAGACCCCAAAUGGGGGAAGUGGACUAUGCGUCUCCAUUUUCAACUGUUCGAGAUUGUUGUCCAUUCCUCAACGUAAUAAAGACGCGAGAAAGAUAAAGUUCUUAAGAGAGUCGAUAUGCGGCAACCAGAAUACAACCGUUUUCGUGUGCUGCGGAUCUGAUGACAAUUUUCGAAGUGAUACUGAAGAUUCCGAAAAUCUUGGCCGUAAUUUCGAUGACCUCAGCAGGGAAUGUGGAAUAGAGACAGAAAUAGUGGACACGUCGGGUAAAUUCGGUCAGAUUGGCAAUGAGAGCGAGUAUCAGGAAACCGGAAUAGGAUCAUCAAACUUGAACAUCACAUUGAAAAACCGAAUUUUUGGAGGAGAUGACACCGAAAUUAUCGACUUUCCUUGGUUAGCCUUGCUCGAAUAUCACUCUGAAAAUAACGAAGAGAAGCUUUUCUUAUGUGGAGGAUCUUUAAUUUCCUCCCGAUAUGUUUUAACCGCUGCUCACUGCAUUCCAUCAGGAAGAACUGAACUUGUUGGAGUUCGACUUGGUGAGUGGAAUUACGCCAAUCAGGAGGAGAACUGUGGCCCUACAAGUAAAGGCAUGCGCUGCUUUGACCGCGCAAUCAAUGUUGGUAUAGAAUCAAUUCAUCCACAUCCAGGUCAUACAAGGGAUCAGAAAUAUCAUGACAUCGCACUGAUACGCUUAAAUGAGGAUGUUAAGAUUACGAAUCAUAUAAAACCGAUCUGUUUGCCUAACACGGACGAUUAUUUGAUUUCUGGGGAGCGAUUAACGAUUUCUGGAUGGGGUUUACAACACUUCGACAAGAGGAGCUCUAUCAAGCAAAAAUUGAAUAUUCCCAUUGUUGGAUUGUCUAAAUGCUCAGUCAUGUUCGACAAAUUCAGAGACGUUUCCCGAACUUAUCAAUUAGGCAGAGGGCAAUUUUGCGCUGGUGGCGAACGAGGAAAAGAUUCAUGCACUGGUGACAGUGGAAUUCCUCUAAUGAAACGUUUUGACGCCACAUCGCCUGGUUCUAGGCCAAGGUGGCGAGUGGAAGGAAUUGUCUCCUUCGGUUUAGGUUGCGGCCAAAGAGAUUAUUACGGCGUUUAUACAAAAGUAUCGAAUUAUUUAGGCUGGAUUCAUAGAACAAUUGUGCCGUAACUCUAGACUUUUUAUACGUUGAAUAUAUCACACUAUUAUACCGUAAA